AUGUCUGGCGCUCUGGAAGGCAUUUAUGAUCCAGGAGUCAUUGACCCCGGCCUUCCUGUUCCAAAUGCGACAACUCCCUUCUGGCAUUCAUCCCCCCACCACCUUGCCAACCACCAAUCCCCAUGGCCAACAGACACGGUCGACGUGGUUAUCAUAGGCUCAGGUAUUUCUGGAAUGGGCCUAUCACGGACACUUCUUUCCUUGAAACCAGACCUACGUGUUGUCCUCGUGGACGCUCGCGCUCUCUGUUCCGGAGCGACCGCUCGCAAUGGUGGCCACAUCAAAACUAUGACCUUUGCGAUGUGGGAAGAACGCAAACGAACUUUUGGCAUUGAAGAAGCAAUUCGGAUUUCUGAGUUCGAGAACAGUCAUCUACAGGCAAUGACGCAAGCUAUUCGCGAAGACGGUAUAAACUGUGAUCUCCAGUUGACUGAGGGUAUCGAAGCAUACUGUGACCAAAAAACAUUCGACAAGGCCGUGAAAGCACUUGAGGAUAUGGGGAAACAUGCUCCCCAUUUGGCCGCUAAGCACAGCGUCUAUAUCGACAAAGCUCAUCUGCAUCAGAUUCUGAAGCUAUCUUCGCGCUGUAUUGGCGCUAUCGGCAUCCCGGCUGCGUCGCUCUGGCCAUACAAGUGGAUCACGAGUGUUUUGGGCGAAUUGAUCGAGUCAGGAAAGCUCAACGUCCAAACGCACACGACAGUACAAUCCAUCACAGAUAGGCAGGCAGACGACUUUGCCGUCGUUCACACUCAACGCGGGAAUAUCAAAGCACAAAACGUUAUCCAUGCUACGAAUGCCUGGCUGGGACAUCUCUUGCCGGAAUUACAACCUUAUAUAUCUCCAGUGAGAGGAAAUGUAGUGCAUUAUGGGGCUGUACCACCAAGCAGCAAUGCAAACUCCUCGGUACUCGGAUUCGAUCGCCACUUUUCAUACUGGCUCCGCUAUGGAGACAAAGAUUACGACUAUCUCAUCCAACGCAAAGAGGGUGACAUUGUCGUCGGACGUGCGAAUACCGGCCGCAGAGCAACCGCCGAUGACAGUGAGACAGACCUUGGGGCUAUUGCGCACUUACGUGGCUUUGGGGACGAGGUUGCCGCUUCUCCUAUCCCAGGAUCGUCGGCUCAUAUUACACAUGCCUGGUCGGGAAUCCUUGCAUUCUCGCAAGACGGCAUGCCCUUUGCUGGCCGGCUGCCAUUCCCACACCGCACCCAUCAAUGGGUAUGUGGCGGCUACCAUGCUACUGGCAUGAUAAAAGCGUUCCGCAUGUCGCAGUUUGUGGCCAACCUACUACUUGGCCGCGAUAUAAAGGAGGACUAUCCAGACUCGAUUCUCGUGACGGAACGAAGAAUCAAGGCAUUGAGGAGAUCGCUGGACCUUGGAAAAGCAGCAGUAAUUGGUGGCUCAAAGAUUUAG